AUCCGCUCGGGGUGUCACGCAGUUAACCAACGCCAGAGAAGGAGUGCGUUGGGAGAGAGAGCAGAGCGCAGCGAUGAGGAGAGCAGUGAGGGCCGCCGCUUUGGGGACUUCUUCAACAACGCCAUAUGGGCUCGGGAAUCAGGCCGGUGACCUUCGCGGGGUCGCCGUGGAUUCGUCUGGGACCGCGACGGGUGAGUCCGAGAACUGGGGCACCGCUAAUCGCUCGCCGGACGUCUGGCGCGCUCACCAAAUCACUGUUCGCCGUGGUCCGGUCUCUGCGCCACCCGAUUGCCGACGAGCAAGCCACCGUGGAAUCUGAGGUUCAGCAAGUAGAGAUAGCUGAGCAGGAGCUCAUUGAAGGAGAAGAACAGGUGGUCGAAGAGGAGUCGCCUAACACUGAGGAGUUCGAUCUGAUCUAGGUGGCGUUUCUCAGUUGACUUUGGCGCCGACGAUCCUUAGUUCGUUUUAUAUUUAUCUUUAUUUUGUAAUAAGUCUUCCGCUAUGUAAUAAAUACUCUGAUGUUUUAUGACAUUUAUCUCUAUACACUCUGUUAUUA